CUUCAUCACCUUUCUUUUGCUCAAUUCAUUUUUAUGAGCAUGUUGAACAUGCCGUUCAUUUGGUUUUCGGUCUCUCUCUUCUUGGUUAACUAUUAGCAAUUUUAAAAUCAAAAGCAACACACAAGAAUAUUAUACGGAAAAAGUUCGGUGGUUCGGUGUUCUUUUUUUUAUUAUUUCGUGUUCUCUUCUCUCCAUUUGUGAUUUAAUUUCAUAUCGAGCGAUGCUUCGCGAGUUCAGUUCUAAUCCCAUCCACAUCGUUAUUCGCUUCGGUAGCAUUGUGUACGAAUAAUGUGUAACAAUAGUUUGGAGAUUCAGAAAUUUGCAGUGCAUUUUUCUUCUUAUUUGGAAUAUAUAAGAAUUUGUGGAAAAUCUACAUCAUAAAAAAAAGUACCGAAAUCAAUAUUAACCAUAAAAUAAGCAGCAAUAAACAUGAUGAAAGUGUGCAGUAAAAAGGAAUGAAACCUGUAAAUGAAUUAAAACUUGCUAUUAUACACUUACACUUGAUCGUCGAAACGGUACUUUGAUUUAGUUCAUUCCAUUGUGUGUAAGAAAAACCCGGUGCAAGUGCACAAUUCUUUGUGUUUCAAUUUAUAAACAGUCAUUGAAUUAAAAAGCCGCCUAUUCACCUAUGCAAAUCUAAAACAAGACGUAAUCAAAUAGUAAACGUAUUUUUGUUUUUCAUUCUCUCAACCAGCAAGCAACAUUGUGAGACAGUAAAAGAAACGUUUGUGAAUUUAUUCUUUGUGUCUAUUCGCGUUAAGUAGUUUACAGUGGAGUCUAUCUAUUCCGAAAAAAGAACCUUUAUUCGUUUGCUAAUUGGAGGUAGCAGUUUGGCGUGGCAUUUUUUUCUUGUUGCAACGAAUAGCCAAUGUGAAUUCGGUGCAUGUGUACACAGUGUGUGUGUGCAUCAGAAUAUUAUAUGGAUGUACGAUGAAUGAAUAUUUUAUGAUAUGAACGUAUGCGUAUGCGUGCCUCCGUUUUGAUGAGCAACGUUUCUCAUGUAAUUUGUAUUCCUAUAGAAUAUAAUGUAAUAUAUUAUUAUUGAAGAGACGAAUAAAAAGCAACGAACGUGAAUGCAUGUAUCGUACAAAAUGUAUUCACCAAUUUCUGCUGAAUAAACAAUAAAACGUGUGAGGCGCUUACAGAACAUAAUACAUUUGAGAGUGGAUAAUAUUAUUGGAACUGAUUAAAUUAAACGCAUUGGAACUGUUAAGCAUUGCAUUUAAACGAAAAUUGUGUAUUAUUCGGUGUUGUUUUUUUUUUGGGGUGAAAUUGAAUUUUGUAAAUUUCGUUGUCGACCAACGUAGAUGUGAAACGCAUCAAUAAGAUUAGGCAACGACCAAAGAUCAAUGACGACGAUAUAUAAGGAAUCGAAUCUAGAUCCACGAGAUACAAAACGAACACAAUAUUAUGGAGUUGGAAUCAACUAAAUCGGAGCCCAGUUCGAGAUCAAGACGUGGUCGUGGCAUUCAUAAUUCUACAUUGAAUAACAGCACCGGUGUACCUUUGCAUCAUCGAUCCGGUGAUCGAAGUCGGCAUUCACAUCGUAGCGGUUCAUCGCAUAAGAAUAGGAAACCCGAUAUGGCACCAUUUCAAACAACUGUGAAUUUGGACGAGAAUGGUCGUGAGGGUCAGGAGAUAAUUGAAGUGCAAAUUUUACCGCAAGAUGAAAAUUGGGGAGAGAAUACAACUGCCAUCACUGGAAAUACAUCCGAUCAAAGUCUUUCGAUGGAAGAUGUCAGUAAUUGGCAAUCAACAACCAAAUCAAAUGGCUUGGGCAUGGUGUGUCAACGUUAUAUAGAAACAACAUUUUCAUUAAUGUUGUAUAUGGUCGCAUUUGUAAGUCCGCUUGCAAUGGUUAUGAUGCCAAAAUUAGGUUUUUUCACAUCGGCAUUUGAAAAUCCCGAAAUAACGCAAAUCGCACGAACACAUUUAUUGGCUUGUAAUGCCGAAUGUAAAGGUUUACUUGUGUCAUUGGCAGCCCGUAUGAUUUUAUUGGCGCUUGGUGUAUGGGCGGUAUUUUUACGAACACCAUCUGCAACAAUGCCGCGAAUAUUUUUGUUCCGUGCCACGGUUAUGUUGCUGGUGCUCAUCUCAACAUUUGCCUAUUGGCUAUUCUAUAUUGUUCAAGUCACUGAAGGUACCAAAGCGAUUGUUGAAGGUUCAGAAGCGUCCGAUUAUAAAUCAUUAGUUUCGUAUGCAACCAAUUUUGCUGAUACACUUCUAUUCAUUCAUUAUGUUGGUGUUGUUUUAAUGGAAUUGAGACAUCUACAGCCCACAUACUACAUAAAAGUUGUGCGAAGCCCGGAUGGUGAGAGUCGUUCAUAUGCAAUUGGUCAAUUGAGCAUCCAAAGGGCUGCUGUUUUUGUAAUGCAACAUUAUUACACCGAAUUUCCUAUUUAUAAUCCAUAUUUGGAUCGUUUGCCCAUUUCAAAAGCACAAAAGAAAACACCGGUCAGUAGUUUUAAGUAUUAUGAAGUUGAUGGAGUGAAUGCGUCACAACAACAAAGCCAAAGUCGUGCCGUUUUGGCAGCUCAUGCUCGUCGCCGUGAUUCAUCACACAACGAACGAUUCUAUGAGGAACAUGAAUAUGAGCGACGCGUUAAAAAACGUCGAGCACGAUUAAUAACAGCAGCUGAAGAAGCAUUCACACAUAUUCGUCGUGUUCAAAAUGAACCGGCACCAGCCAUUCCACUUGAUUCACACGAAGCCGCACAAGCCGUUUUUCCAUCAAUGGCACGAGCAUUACAAAAAUAUCUACGUGUGACGCGCCAACAACCACGACACACUGUCGAAGCAAUAUUACGACAUUUGGCCCAUUGCUUAAAGCAUGACAUGUCACCGAGAGCAUUUUUAGAGCCAUACCUUGUCGAAUCGCCACUAUUGCAAAACGAAAAAGAACGCCGAACUGUACAAUCAUGGUCAUUGGUAUGCGAUGAACUUUUAUCGCGACCCAUCUCAAAUAAUUGCGUUUUUCAAUUAGUUCAAAAUGACAUCUCAUUGCUUAUUACUGUUUAUAAAUUGCCGCAUUUCAAUUUGAACGAAGAAGUGGUCGAUCCUAAAAGCAAUAAGUUUGUGCUGCGAUUGAACUCUGAAACGAGCGUGUGACAACAAAGUUCACCAAGACAAUUCAUGUUGUCUUUAUGAUUUCAAUGCUAAAAAUAACAACAAAACAAUUACCAUCAAUAUGAAAUGUUUCUUUGUGGCAUCCACGACCAUUUCAAUCGUUUCAAUUUCGUCUGUUAUAAAAUGGUGAUAUCAUACCAUUAAGAUAAAAAAAAGGCUUGAAUUCCAAUUUCCAGUGCAUCAAUACUAUUUGGAAAAUAUACGGGCAAAGAGUGUUCAGGAACUGUAACAUUUUUUUUGUUUGUUUCAAAUUUAUCGUUUCACUUUUAUUAAUAAAUAAUUUUCCAUUUUUAUUAUCGCGGAUCUCAUGCGUUCAUUUGCAAAAGUCAUUUGCUAAUUCAGAGAAAAUGGGAUGCCACAUGAAAUGGUACAAAUAAAAUGAAGAUAAAAAAACAUAGACCUGAGAUCAUUGCAAUGAUUAUUAAUAGAGUAGGUAUGAUGGUGUCGGAAUCAUUUCGCGAAAAACUACCGCAUCGACUGAGAUUGCAUAUGUGCACUGAAGUAGAAAUACAAUCUGGAAAAAAGCCACCGAAAUGCAAUCAAAUAGAUUUUUUUUUUACACAAUUGUUUCAUUCCAUCUUUCGGCUUGGUGAUUCCAUUACAAAUCGCAUUUCUAACAAAGAGAGAGAGCAAGAAAAAGAAAUGACGGAAAAAUGUAAACAGUUUCGCUGGUAUUGAGAUGCAGUGCUAAUUGGAUAAAACGAAAUACGCAGAUUAUUAUUAUAACUCACAUGAUUAUGUGCUGGUGUGGUUAAGCGGUUAUUUCGUUUCGCGCGCAAUUUCAAACCGCAAAGAAUGCGAAAUCGUUUUUUUCCUAUUUUAUUUCAUCUAUGUAUUUUUUUUUCGUAUGCAUUCUGUCAGAUUCAAUUACGUAGAUGAACCAAUUAAAAAAUGACUGAAAUCAAAGACAAUAGUGCAAUGCACUUUAUCUGAUUCGAAUGACGAAACACAAGAAAAGAAAAAAACGAUCACAUCUUCCACUUCGCGAGAAAUGGUUCCGGUGCCACAAAUGCACACACCAAUUAUCAUUAUAUCAUAUAUUUUGUUUCCAUUUUUAAAAGAAUGUGAUCGUAAUAAACAGUUGAUCAAUGAAAUAAGCGACUGACUUUAUAUCAGAUGUGACCAAAAAGUAAAUAAUAUAUAUAUUCCAGUGAAUGAAUUCAAUUUUAAAUUAAGAACAAUAUACCUAUAUUUAGAGGGUUUUUAUUCUACGUCGAAUCAACGAAUCGCUACAUUUUUUCAUGUGUCACAAAUUUAACAAACAAAAGAAGAACAACAAACAUUGUAAAACAAAAAAAUAAUGUAAGAACAUGAUUGACUCGAAGCUAAAGUGUAAGGAAUUGCUGAAUUCUAAAUUUUUUUGACAAUUUUAAUUGUAUAAGACUCAAAGCAAAGAAAAACAUAUGAAAAAAAUCUAGUUUUAAGAGAAAUUAGGAUUAGACAAAAAUGACAGAAAAAAAUUAAUAUUUUACUUCAUGAAAUGUGCUCAAAGCCAUUUUAUCUAUCGUAGCACACACAUAUACACACGUUUGGAUUGAAAAUACGAAAAAAACAACAGUAUAUUUAUAUAUUUAUUUGGAAUAUAUUUGAAUUAUAUUUAUUUAAAUUUUAUUGAAUGGAUUUCUUUUUUUUUAUUGUGUGGCCAAUGAUACAGUUGGGAGCUACACAUCUAUAUUUAUUGAGCGAAAAAAAACGAACAGAGAGAAGAAAUAAUAUUUAAUUUCUGAGAAAUAAAACACUUCAUGAAACAAUAAGCAUAUUUUUUUAGCUGUGAAUUUGAUUCGAUAAAUGAUAUCAUCAAUAUAAUGUCAAUAAUAAUUAGAGCAAAGCAAACACAAAGCAUACAUAUCUCUUGCCAUUUGUAAAUUGCCUUCAGUUUUUUUUACUAACCAAAUGUCACGGAUAAUAAUUUUUCGAUAUAUUAAACUUAAUACAUAAGCCUUAUAACUCAAUAAAACAAAAUGCACAACGAAUUGCAAUAGUCAAAUAGCGAAUCAUAUCAAUGGCUUCACACAAAUCAUUCAUUUUCCUCAUGUCAAAUAGCAAUGAAAUGUAUGACAUAUUUUUAGAACAGAUUUCAAGAGAUUUUUUCAUAUGUAGAAUUGUAGAAUUAACCGAUCAUAAAAUAGAAUUAAGAGAACAACAUUUGUUUGACAUUAUAAUUAUAAAAUUAAAAUAUUAAAUUGU